AUGUCACCCACACAUCACGGUAAAGGCCAGAAGGUCGAUCUCGGCCAAGACGCUCCCAUAAAGGAAGAGGGUGCUGGCAAGGUUGCUUCCGAGUCUCUUGCUGCCGAGUCUGUCGAGGAGGGCGGUGAGUUCGCCUCCAACAAAGGCAUCCGCAGCGAGAACAACUCCAACAGAGACACUCGUAGCGAGAACCAAUCCUCAUCCGGAUCCGAGAACACCAGUUCUGGCCGCACCACAAACACUUCUUCCGCCCCCAGCUCCGGCUCCGGCUCCGGCGCCAGCGUCGCUCCCGAGUCUGCUGACACCGCUCCUAGCUAUGCUAACAACCAAUAUGUCAAGGCCUCUGGCCCUCAUGGCAAGAACCUGAAGGAGGGUAUCGACUACUCGAACACAGAGGAUGGUCUCAAGAAAGCCUUGGCCUCUGAGCCUGGUAGCGAGGAUGAUCCCAGCCGGCUGGCUGAGCUUCAGUUCCAGCAGAACCAGUCUGCCGUUGGCCGGGAUGCUGGUCCUAAGCAGAGCGAGCUUAGCGGCAAGACCGCUUUUGACGGUCUCAACAGCGAGACUUCCUCAUAA